AUGCUUCAACGCAAAAGCAUGAAGAGGAACAACAACGAUAGUCAAACGAACAGGCAUGCCUCUCUCAAAACGGCUCCGUAUCCAGGAAAACGCAUCGCAAAAGCUACUCUCUUCUUCAUCUCUUGUCUCUUCAUAUCUGCUGGUCUCUUAGACUUGUUGGGUUGUUUCGAUUCAACAACUUUUGCAGGUCUGAAACAAGUCACAACAAUCAGAAAACAACCAAUCACAAACUACAAGUUCCCUCGCCAAUGCGACGUCGUACAGAACCAAACACAAGAAGAAAGACAGCAACUGCCAAUGUCCGAAGACGGCACAAACAACAACAAAGCUAGAAGCAGCCAUCCAGGACCAUCCACGUGUCCUUCUUACUUCCGUUGGAUCCACGAGGAUCUACGGCCGUGGAGAGAGACAGGUAUCACGAGGGGGAUGCUUGAGAAAGCGAGGAAUAACAAGGCGCAUUUCAGGGUUAUAAUCCUCGACGGGAAGGUGUACGUUAAGAAGUACAGAAAAUCUAUCGACACUCGAGAUGUUUUUACACUGUGGGGCAUCCUACAGUUACUACGGUGGUACCCAGGGAGAUUGCCUGAUCUAGAGCUCAUGUUUGACGCGAAUGAUAGACCAACCGUCAGAUCUAACGACUAUAAAGGUCAACAACACCCGGCCCCACCUCCAGUAUUCCGCUAUUGCUCUGAUGACGCCAGCUUGGAUAUCGUCUUCCCUGAUUGGUCUUUCUGGGGCUGGGCUGAAGUUAAUAUUAAGCCUUGGGCUAAGUCCAUGGUGGCGAUACAAGAAGGGAACAAGAUGACGCCAUGGAAUGACCGCGUGGCGUACGCUUAUUGGAGAGGAAACCCAAAUGUGGCCCCCACUAGGAGGGAUCUUCUUACAUGCAAUGUCUCAGACCAGCAAGACUGGAACACUCGUCUCUACAUCAAUGAUUGGGUCAGAGAAUCAAGAGAAGGAUUCAAGAACUCGAACUUAGAGAACCAAUGCACCCACAGGUACAAGAUAUACAUAGAAGGAUGGGCAUGGUCAGUGAGUGAGAAGUAUAUAAUGGCAUGUGACUCAAUGACAUUAUAUGUGAGACCAAAGUACUAUGAUUUUUUUAUACGAGGAAUGAUGCCAUUACAACAUUAUUGGCCAAUCAGAGACAACUCCAAGUGUACUUCCCUCAAACACGCCGUACAUUGGGGAAAUACCCAUUUGGACCAGGCACGUAAGAUAGGGGAAGAAGGGAGCAGAUAUAUAAGAGAGGAAGUGAACAUGGAACAUGUGUAUGAUUACAUGUUCCAUUUGAUGAACGAGUAUGCCAAGCUUUUGAGGUUUAAACCGGAGAUUCCUUGGGGAGCUACUGAGAUAACACCGGAUAGUAUGGGAUGUCCGGCGACAGGACGGUGGAGAGAUUUCAUGGAGGAGUCGAUGGUGAUGUCUCCUAGUGAAGUGUCUCCUUGUGAGAUGCCUCUUCCUUAUACCCCUCUUGAGCUAAGAGAGGUUCUCGAGAGAAAAGCUAAUGUAACUCGCCAAGUUGAGUUUUGGGAGGAUCAAUAUUUUAGUAAUGGUAGUAUCAAGCCUUGA